AUGACCGGCAGUGAGCAUGCUUUCUUCACCUUACCUCUCGAGCUUCAUACACACAUCUUCACGUUGGCCUGCACUCCAAACUCGACAAAGGAAUGUACCGCCGGACCAUCGUACUACACUGCAUUCUAUACUGGAAUCGCCCUGUCUCUUGUCUGCAAGUAUGUUCGCGCGGCUUCCGCCCCAGUACGACAUAGAGCCGUAGUGAUUUACGGCUGGCGCGAGAUGCUUGCAUUCGAACGCAUCCUCUCAAACUUCCAAACGCGCAGUCGCGUACGCUACUUGACUCUAGUCGCCGACGAGCUUCCCCAGGAUCCAAUCUCACUUCUAUCUGAAGGUUCGUACGCCACCGGAUCGUCAUCCGCAUUAUCACCGCUUUCGACAUCGCAAUUUUGUUACAAGACAGGUUUGGAGCGGAAGUUGCUGGAAGUCAUUGCAAGGAUUUUGCGAGGUGUUGGAAAUGAUUUGUAUGAGCUUGAAAUUGGUUUCCAAGCCAUCGAGAACAUCAAGGACCCCUUAGCGUAUCUAUCGCUCACGGGUCCAGGUCCGCAUUCACCCUUGUUCUUCCCUUGUCUUGACACGAUGUUUUACGCGUGUCCACCUUCAAACGCCCUUCCGUGGGGGAUGUCCAGCAAACCCACUCCGGUAAUCAACACAAUCUUCACUGGUUCCGAAUCUACCACAUUUAUCCCGGUCUCGCCGAAUCUCACAUGUCCUCGGUUGAAAGAAUUGACAGUCGUGUGCAACGACUCCACUUCAACCUUACCAAGCGAGAUCCUCGAUGACCAAUUCCCAGAAUAUAUACCCGAGGAAGGAGCAGAAGAGAAUACAGAGCUCAGAGAGCCAUCGACAACAGAAGAAACACGUAACUCGGUUGAAGCCAGCGCGGGGCUGUUGGAUGCUGAGAUGAAUACAAACAAAUUUCCAUCUCUCUCUAGGUUGACCCUCUUUGCAUCUACACCAGCGCAGGCACUUGCUGCUCUUGAUGUUGAGGAAGCUGCCUGGGAUGUGGGCUCGAACUUCCAAAUCGAUGUCUGUGGGCUGAGACGCAACAUUACAAGUACGGCCGGUCCCGAAAAUCCGUUCGAAACCGAAGGAAGUACCCAAUCGGAAGAAUUUCACACAGUGGUAUUGAGACCAAAAGCACGGUGGAACGAGAGAUGGGAGAGUCUUCGAGACGUAGCGAGAAGGCAACGGGAAGCAAAAGUGGAAGAAGGCAAGAGUGACGACGAUGUAAAAAGUGCUUCUGAGACUGAACUUGAAGUUUUUGUGUUGAAACCUGGAGAGCAGCUUUGA